UCACUGUUUCCUUUUUACAGAACAAUAGUUGGGUUUGCUGUGGGGGAGAAACGGGUGUAAUUGAAUUCUCACGUGGGACAAAAUUAUAUCAUUCUCCAACAGUUCUUAUCGUUUUAUAUAUUCUUAGACUGCACUCAACGUUCCGUCAUCAACAUCGAAGGUUGACAACUGUCAAAUGACAAUCGCAUUGAUAAAUUAAUGCCGACGAACAGCAGGUGAAAUGGCAGCCGAAAUCAAACCCGCACCAGGUAUCAAUCAAGAUAAGUUUAGUAGCAACAGAAAGCCGAUAUUAUUAUCGAAGCUCGAGGGUUGCAAUGACGAUGUUAAUGGUGCGGUUAUUAUACCCAGAGUCGAUGGAGUUAUUAGUAUUUGUGAUGACAGAACCGUCCGAGUUUGGUUAAAACGUGAUUCGGGUCAAUAUUGGCCUAGCAUAUGUCAGUAUAUGGUUGCAGGUGCAACGUCUAUGGAUUAUUGUCCCGAAACAAGGCAAUUAUUCGUUGGACUCGAAAAUGGCAAUAUUAACGAAUUCAUAUUGGAAAGUGAUUAUAAUCGAAUGACACUAAUUCGAGAGUAUAUUGCUCAUCAGGCAAGGGUCACGGGUGUUAUAUUUUCUUUAACCUGUGAGUGGGUACUCAGUAUCGGACGUGACAAGCUCUUUCAAUAUCACAGUACUGAGACCGGUCAAAAACUUGGAAAUUUUCAAACCGAAGCUUGGUAUACAGCUCUACAAUUUGAUUCGCAAUCUAAAUAUGCUUUUGUUGGAGACUAUUCUGGACAAAUACAAAUGCUGAAACUUGAUAAUAAUGGUUGCACUUUUGUUACCACAUUGAAAACUCAUACUGGAAGUAUUCGAUCUUUAGCAUGGGAUAGUGAUAAGCAGCUUUUAUUUUCUGGUAGCUUUGAUCAAAGUAUAAUCGUGUGGGAUAUCGGUGGUCGUCAAGGGACUGCUUAUGAAUUGCAAGGUCACCAUAAUAAGGUAACUGCGCUUUGUUAUACAAACACAGAACGUGUAUUAUUUUCUGGCGGUGAAGAUGGAGUUAUAGUUUGCUGGGAUAUGGGAGCUAAUAGAAAGGAAACUGCAAAUUGGGUUGAAUCAAAUACAUGCCAAGCAUGUGGGAGACCAUUUUUUUGGAAUAUAAAAGCCAUGAUGGAUCAACGCCAGUUGGGUCUUAGACAACAUCAUUGUCGUCAUUGUGGGCAAGCCCUUUGUGCUCGUUGUACAUCGCAACGCAUUCCAAUUCCUUCAAUGGGGUUUGAAUUUGAAGUUCGCGUCUGUGAUCCAUGCCAUAUUCAAUUAAAAGAUGCCAAUCAAACAUCAUUAGCAUCAUUUCACGACGCUAAACAUAAUAUUGUUUGUAUGGAUCUUGACGCUCCUCGGCGAAGGUUGUUAACCGUUGGUCAAGAUAGAAUGAUUAAAAUUUGGGAUAUUACAGCUCUACUUCAAUAAUUUAUCUUUUACUCAGGCCAAGUAAAUCAUAAGAAUAUUAUACAUUUAGUCUACAUUGUGACAAAUGAGCGUAAUAAUUGUCCGAUGAUAACCAGUGAAACGUAAAAAGUAUGAAAAAAUGCAUUUGAAUAGAUUUUAUAUAAAUAUUUUCAAAAUAAGUUACAAUAACAUUCUAAUUUAUAAAGAGAAUUAUAGGCGAGAUGAGAACUAUAUGCGAUAAGAGAAUUCUAUCUUAAAAUAUUGCUUCUAAAGCAAACGAAACGUAGAACAAUUGUUAAAGAAUUGUUUUAUAAUAUAAAUAUUUUAUUGCAAAACAUAUAAAUUUUUCAAUAAAU